GCGCGCUUGUUUUUUUUGACGGCGGCUUGCGUGGUGGUAUUCUUCGAAGAAAACUAAAAAUCCGUGGUAAAAUUACAGCGCUAGAGCGGAAGCGCACGUUGUGUUAUUGUUCGUCGAGACCGCGGAAGAGAAUCCGAACAGUAAAACCGGCAACCAGUUGGAAUAUCCGUUGAGGCAGCCUGUUCAUCAGGCAGCUGAGAAACUCGUUGUACGAUGGAAAAGGAGUCUGAUGAGAAUGUUGUUAACCUGCAGGCGGCGAUUGAAGAAGCCGUUGGUGAGGAAGCAAAUGGUGGAGAUGCUGGGAGUAUAAAUAACGAAAGCGAUAUGGUCAGCGGCACACCAAUGGAGUCGUCGGCGGCCAACGUUGGAGGCGAUUUGCUCACCUCUGACGAAUCAACACCCCUUCCGGAAGACACUGUAGUGACUGAGGAGGAGGUGAUAGAAGAGGUAGUAGAAGAGGAGAUACUGGAAGAGUUGGUGGAGGAUGAUGGCCAAGCGAGUGGGGAUAAGCACAAACCUCCGGAUGACGAUGAACCGGACCGUUUUGAGCCACAACUGAGUACGGUGGUUGAGCAGAAUGAAGAACAAGAGCCUGAUGGUAGUGAGACACUUAAUUUAGUUGAACGAAAAUUUCAACAAGACGAACAAAGGCAUUUGUCGACAAGCGAACCGGCCGCUGCUACUGACACCGAAUGUGUGAAACCAGAUGAACGACAUAACGAUGAUAGCAUGAACGAGUCAUGCCAACUCCAGGACAUAGAGAUGAGAGAUAUGGACGAGAGUCAUGUAAGAAACGAUGGCGAUGGAGAUCGCUCCAUCGAUGAUGUGGAUCCUUUCGACCAAGUGAGACAUGAGCGAUCCUCACAUGAAGAUGAUAGCAGCAGGCUCGAAGAAAGUAAUGCAUCUUUGACCCAGACGGAUGAGCCAGUUACUAAGAGUGACGAGCAGCAGCACGCCGAGGGAGAAGAAUUCGGAAACGAAUCCAACGGCUCAGAACAGACGAGUGACGAAACGGCGGGGGUGGUAGAAGAGCAAAGAGGAGGCGAAAAUGAGAAUAUCAGUCUACUUCCAGAUCAUCAGAGAGUCAUCUCGGAAGAGGAGAAGCAGCAAGCGGCCGCCACAGAAGAGGCAGACAAGGCUAACGCUGCUGCAGAGCAAUUGCAGCAGGAGGAAGAAGAAAGAGCGGCAGAAACUGCAGAAUCUGCAGAAGCAGCAGAAGCGUCAGAAACUGUAGAAACUUCAGCAACAAAAGAAAAUACAGGAACAGCGGGCUCAUCUGGAAAAGAUAUUAACGAUACAGUAGCACAACAGGACGAAACAGUAACCGAAGAUUUGGAGGACGAACAACAGCACUUGGAUACAAAUGAGAUCCCAGAUGAAGGUACGACCGGAGAUAACGAACCCAAUUCUAGCGCCAAUGAUAUCGAGGUCGAAAGUGAGCCUCCAACGGGAGCGAAUCAAAUUCGGGAAUUAGCGAUACCAGCCGUGUCGGCGACCUGUGCCCAGUGCAAAAAAUUGAGUCCAAUCUGUGUGUACAGCAUUACGCGUGAUAUUCCACCCGAGGGAGAGUCACAAGAGAAUGAGUACAUUUGCUCAUUCACCUGCGUUCAAAGCUUGCGUACUGCGUUCCCGGGUAAAUUCGAACUGAUUCAGCACCAGGUGGGCAUUUACCCGAUUUUCGAAUGCAAUGCCACGUGCAAGCGAUGCUCACGGGAAACGCUGUGCAAGUUUCGCUAUCGUUCACCGAAAUCUACCGACAACACCUGGCGGUACCUUUGCGAGAUGAAGUGUGUUCAACAUAUGACCGGGAUCAAUUCGGAGAAGUUUUGUCUGCUUAAAACGCGUUACACGAUUGAGGAGAAGGUUCCACCGAUGACCGAACCACGGCGGUGCAUUCAAUGCUUCGAUAACAAACCGUGCCAAUUUGCGUUCAAGCAGGAUGAUGACGAACUGUUCAUCUGUCAGAACGAUUGCCUAAACUUACUGAUGAAAGAACAUCCGCAGCUGUUCCGCUUGAAGCGCUACUCGGUACGUGUGCGCACGAUGCCAAAAGCUACUCCUGCCGAGCAGCGGUCCGAUGUUGCGAAUAUUGCGGCACGAACAGAAGAAGAGAUCGAAGCUGCCCGCGCGGCACGUGAAGCUUCAUUCCAACAUCGAUGCUAUCAAUGCUCGCUCUUAAUAAUACCAGGCUCGGAACAGCGGUUGCAGUGGGAAGCGAUGGAUUUCUGCGGUGAAAGGUGCCUAGCGUCUUAUCAGAACAGCAAAGGAUCACACUGCGUCCAGUGCCAGAAAGCAGUGACCGUCACCAGCCUUGGCAAGUACUGUGUGCGGUUUGGCUUCAAAGUGUGCCAGUUCUGCAGUGCCAGUUGCUUGGAUACGUAUAAGAAGCAAUUGAAGAAUUGCUGCUAUUGUCAGAGGGACAUCUCAACGCAAGGUGAAGGCGUAGUGGUGAUCCGCGGUACUGCCAAGGGAACCUUCCGUGAAUUUUGCAACUCGGAAUGCCAUCAGCGCUACAAAUAUGCAACCAUUGCAAACAUCAAGAAGAAACCACAAAUUUGCUCCGUAUGCAACCACAAAAAGCCAACCAGCGUGGUCGUUCGCUUGGAAACGAAGGAACACUAUUUCUGCAGCUCACCGUGCUUUUCCGCUUUCAAAUUCGUUAGCAACAUUACCCCGGACGAGUGUGCCAUGUGCGGAGAUUACUUUGAGCGUCAAUCAGUUCUUGAUUCGUACACUAUUUUUGCAAAAGAUGCAUCCAAGAAACCUUCCGCAUUUUGUACGCAGAUAUGCAUGAACCUGUACAUCAGCAAGAAUCGAAUCAUCGAUUCGUGUAGUUGGUGCAAGGUGAAGAAGUACAAUUUCGAUAUGAUCAGAAAGGGCAGCAGCAACACGCUGCUCUGUUCGCUGAAUUGUCUUCAACUGAGUCAAGUUUCGAUGAAUGCAAUAGCGAUGAAGGAAUCACAGUGCGACCAUUGCGGUGUGCUGAAAACGCCACAGUAUCACUUAACCAUGAGUGAUGCGAGUUUGCGCGACUUCUGCACAUACCAGUGCGUCAUGCUAUUCCAGAGCCUGUUUGGUAAGCAAGCAGCUCAUGAUGGAAACCAGCAGACAGAGCCUCAAGAGCCCGUCCCAACAGGAUUACCAAAACGGGUUCGAAAGCUUGGAAACGUGCAACAACAACAGCAGACGACGCAACAGUUGCUACAGCAACAACAGCAGCAAGUGGACGCUCUAAAUCAAGCUAAAGCAAAGCGUCCAACAAGAACAGCGGCUAGUAAUAAUCCACACUGCGUGCCGGUGAUAGCUUCCGUACAUUCAUUGGCCUCUUCUAGUGGCCGAAGUGUGCGAAGUGGUCCGAAGCCGGGAACCAUCCAGCAGCAAGGAAUGACUUUGAGUCUGCACGAGUUGCCGCAACUGCGCGUAGCACUGGAGCCGCUUACUAACAUCCCCGCUACCGGAUGCGUUUCGUUGGCAGCAUUCAAACCAAACCUCAAUGCGACAACUACUAUAAAACGGAUUUCGGCUUCAACACAAUCUGUACAAGAUACAUCAAGAGCAUCAGUUGAAUCUUCGAUCGCCGUAACUAAGGCAACGACGACUGCACCGAUUGAAACUUCAAGGCAUGAUUCUCCCUCUGCUCCAGUCGCUCCUACAAUAGAAACUCACACGCAGAUCGUCACAAUUCCGCCUAUUCCGGUGCAAGUAGCGAACAUUGCAACCAUGUGCAAACCGAAACAGGAGUCCAAGGGUGUGAGCUGUCGUCCGGUGCAGUGUGACGUCGGAUGCCAGACGGAAAGUUGGUUGCAGCGUAAGCUCAUUAUUCCGAUUCCGGUGCCGAUGUAUGUGCCCGUGCCGAUGUUUAUGUACUCGAUGCCAACACCGGUACCGGUUCCGAUUCCGUUGCCUAUUCCUGUGCCCGUCUUCAUCCCAACGACCCGUAAUUCGGCAAACGGUAUCUUGAAGGAAAUCAAAAAGAUACAGGAAAAGCUACCAACGGACCCGUAUGAGGCGGAGUUGCUAAUGAUGGCAGAAAUGGUGGCCGGUGAAAAGAAGAAGGAGGAAAGCGAUUCCGAUUCGGACGAUGGUGGUGUGGGUGUAACGGUAGAUGAAACACCCUUCGAAGGUACUACCCAUGAAAUCGAACAUAAUACUUCCUUCAGCGAAGAUCUGGUGCAAAUGGCACUGAAGAUGGCGUCCUCCGAGUACGAGGAUUCGGCAGUUGAUCUCGAGUCUGCUAUGCAAGCGAACACCAUAUCACAGCAGCAGCAAGAGGGAUAUGUGGAUGACUCCCACCUGCAGCAUCAUCAGCAGCUGCUCAUGAUGGAUCAACAGCAACGGCAGACGACGUCCGCGCUAGUGCAACGAGGUCGCAAACGAACUCCUUCUGGCGUUUCGACACGUGCGGCGGUGACAAAUAAUAAUUCACCACAGCAUCUUGCUGCCAGUAAGCGAAUCAAACGCGAGCAUCUGAGUGAACCUUCGCCCGAACCCGUCAGGGUGGUAGAACCGAUGGAAAAGCCGGAUGCCAACAUGUGUCUAAAGUACACGUUCGGUGUGAACGCGUGGAAGCAGUGGGUGCUGACGAAGAACGCGGAACUCGAGAAGAGCUCUGUCCGUAGGAAACCGUUCAAAUCCGAUAUUCUACAGCUGACGGCCGACGAGUUGAGCUAUUCGCUCUGCUUGUUCGUAAAGGAGGUCCGUAAACCCAACGGAACCGAGUACGCCCCGGAUACCAUCUACUAUCUCGUGUUGGGAAUACAACAAUAUUUGUUCGAAAAAGGACGAGUUGAAAACAUAUUUACCGAUCCAUACUAUGAGCGGUUUACGGAUUGUUUGGAUGAGGUGGCUAAAAAGUUCUCCGUUCUUUACAACGAUUCCCAAUUUAUCGUAACGCGUGUGGAGGAGGAGCACCUGUGGGAAUGCAAGCAGCUUGGCGCACAUUCACCGCACGUCCUACUCAGUACGCUGAUGUUUUUCAAUACAAAACAUUUCAAUUUGGUCUCGGUGGAUGAGCACAUGGAGCUCAGUUUUUCGCACAUUAUGAAACAUUGGAAGAGGAACCCUUCCGGCCGACCAGAUCAGAAAGGCAACAACGCGUCGCGGAACGUUCUGCUGCGCUUUUAUCCGCCGCAGUCAUCACUGUCUGCUAACGCAAGAAAGAAGAAAGUCUAUGAACAGCAGGAAAAUGAAGAAAAUCCCCUCCGUUGUCCGGUAAAGUUGUACGAAUUUUAUCUCUCCAAGUGUCCGGAGAGCGUUAAAACGCGUAAUGAUGUAUUUUAUCUACAACCGGAACGUUCUUGUGUACCCGACUCACCCGUCUGGUACUCGACGCAGCCUUUGAGCAAGGAGGCUCUCAGCAAGAUGUUGCAUCGCGUGAAGAUGGUCAAAGAGAUCAAUAUCGCCCUUCUGACCAGCUAAUGAGGGACUCGUUCGCGGCAAUCAUAUUCGAUCGAGUUACACAAAGCAAAUCCCCCAAAUCCCCAUCGGUGUCAUACAUCGAGCCAUCUAAGUAGUACGCCCUCCUGCUGGAACUUCGUACGAUGAGUACGAUAAUAGAUUACAGUGAAAAGUACUGUGCAGAGACACCGUCGGGAUCAUCCCCAGUAGCGGAUUCAUAUUGUGUUUCUCAUUAGGGUUUUUAAUCGUUAAGUGUUCAGCUUAGAUGAACUUCAUUCAUGCGUCGCGGUUGAGGAAUAGAGUUAGUGUACGUGUGAAUCGUCCCCUCGGAAAUAGCAGUGUCGUUCCAAGGUGUACAUAGAAGUCUGGAUAUUCAAGGCACUCCUGGCACAACGCUUUAUGCAGUGGAAUGUAAAAUAAACAAAAAUCAGUUUCCUAA